AUGAAGUCAUAUUUCCAUCUUAAAGUGAUCAGAGUGGCCAGGGUGGUUGCAUCUGCAGUGGAUAUGAAUCUGGAUCAAGAUUCAAGAGAUUCCAAGGUUGCAGAACAUGUAGAGCAGAAAAUUAUUGCGCUAAUUGUGCCUCGCGGCCAGACGAGGGGAUACAUUAAUCGAUUGACGGCCUGCCACGACCCCGGGGCGUUGGAUGCCGCAUCUCCAACUUCAACAGCGGGCUCUGGUGCUUCUCCGAAAACUGCCAACAAUUCCUCCACCUCCCUCCCAUACCACCAAGGUAGUAGUUCGCGCAGCAACUCUAGACACCGCACGCCCAAGAAGGUACGAGAUCUCCUCGGGCAAGCCAAAUCACUUCGACGUAAAGCGGCUGCGAAGAUGUCAGAGACUCAUUUCCAACCAUCAUUGAUGAAGCGUUCACGCUCGGUGGGUAGUGGGGCUUCGGGACAGCGGGCGUCGAUGUCAGAGGAAGAAGACGAUGAUAAAGAGGAGGAUGGUAGCAUGUCGACUGAGGAUAGCACGGAUAAACAGGAUAUUCCACCUUUUUUAAAUUCCUCACCUGCAGAAAUACACCAGAAAUUCAACGAAAUUGAAAUUCUCCAGGCUGCUCGUUUGUCCGGAGCCCGGGAAUCAGUGGCGGGGAAUGAAUCGCAGAAAUGGGUGUUGGAAAAUCGCCCGGAAAUUCUACCAAGGAAUCGGUACAUCAACAUACAAGUGUGGUCGCAUUCUCGGAUUCAUCUUAAAGUACCAGAUGGGGACUGCGACUUUAUCAACGCAUCGCCGAUUUCUUUGAGCCACUCUAAAACCGGAAGUCCUGCUCGCUAUAUUGCUGCACAGGUACAUAUUGAACCUCAUGCCGUUCUCUAUUUAUUAUUCGGUGAAAAGUGCAAGAAACACUUUUGGAAUAUGGUGUUUCAUGAAAGCGGAGACUUUGCAGUUGUCAUUAUGCUUACUCAAAGCUACGAACAGGGCAAAGAGAAAUAUCGUAAGGGUCAAGAUCAGGCGGAUAAAUCCGUUGUUGGAAAGGUGACCCUCCUGGAAUAUACCUACGACCAGAAAUGUCGCUCUGAAAUUCGCAAACUCGAACUUAACCUUGGAUCUCAAACCAAGAUUGUCUGGCAUUAUCUAUUUGCUGGGUGGUCUGAUUAUAUGAAACCAGAGGGGAAUGACCGUGAUGCUCUCAUCGAGCUAGCCAAAGCUUCGGCAGAAAGGGCGGGCUCGCUGGAAAAUCCUCGCAUUGUACACUGUAGUGCCGGUGUAGGCCGCACAGGCACGUUCAUAACCAUCGAUCACCUGUUGAGGGAGAUGCAGACAGGAAGCCUAUUGGAGAUAACCAGCGGCGCAGAUCCGAUUUUCGAUACGGUGAAUCUCCUCCGCGAACAGCGGAUGUCCAUGGUCUAUACUGAAAUGCAAUACCAGUUUCUUUACGAUAUUCUCAAAGAACAAGCUCUCAAUUUUCUUGGCCAGGAUAAUAUACCUGGCAAGAAAGCGAAGUCCUCCGGAUCACGCUCGCAGAAGAUGGCAAAGUAUUCUGACGAUAGCGCGUUUGAACCUACACAAAAGGAAGAGCUUAUUCCAAUUAUUGAUUUUAUCCCUACGCAGGGCGCAAGUUAG